AUGGCCUCCACAUCAGCGCUGGAUACUCUUCGGACACGCACAGUUGUCGAUUGCGAUACAAUGGAUGUCGAGGUUGCGAAGAAAUAUGGUCCGUUCCAGGACUGUACAUCUAAUCAGGCAAUUGCGUUCUUCGAGCUCUCGAAACCUCAGAACGCGGAGCUGGUCAAGUCGUCAAUGAAGGAUGCAGAGGCUCUUCUUCCGAAAUUUCCUGCAAUCAGUCGAGAGAAUCUGGCAAUUGAAAUCGCUAUGGUGAAACUGGCUUUAGGGAUAGCUCCCCUUAUCAAGGGCUGCGUCCACAUUCAGACAAACCCGUACGAGUCAUACUCCACAGAAAGUACUGUGGUAAAUGCGUUGAGGAUUGUUAAGCUCUUUCAACACCUGCAGCCUGGUUUCGAUACCUCAAGAAUCUGUAUCAAGAUUCCCAGCACCUGGGAAGGUCUAAUGGCGUGUCGAACUCUAGAGCUCGCAGGCGUUCGCACCCUGGCCACCACCCUUUUCACUAUGGAACAGGCGAUACUAGCUGCAGAAGUUGGAUGUACCUACAUUGCUCCGUACGUGAACCAGCUAAAGGUGCAUUUCGAGCCUGGCUUUGUCGACCCAAACAAGCUCCUCCCCCUCUGUUUCGACAUCCAGCAUUACUACCGCAGGAUUAAAGCAAAGACUCAGGUCCUCCCCGCGAGCUUAACCUCCACCGAUGAGAUCUUACAGCUAGCUGGGGUCGAUCAUAUCACCAUUGCCCCCGGUCUCCUGGAGCAACUGGCUGGAUCGGCAUCUACAAACAGUGUUCCAUCGUUAUUUGACGCAUCUCCCGUUCUGCAUGACUUCGAAACAUCUUUCAUAAAUGACGAAAGUCGAUACCGCCUCGCCGUCACUAGAGAUCUGGAUGGGGCUAGCGAAGGAAAGCUCACCCAGGCGAUUAAUAUCUUCUGUGAUAUGCAAGACAAGCUUAUCGAGCUGAUGAACACUGCUGCAUAG